GAUAUCGCGCACGCAAACGCCCAGCCAGGCCAGCAGCUCUCUUCUGUCCAUCGGGUUCAGUUUUCAGUCCAGUUUUGUAUUUUGUGCCGUUUUGUAGACGCGGGUAAUCUCUCUCCGGUUCGCGACUGUGCGGUGUCCGUCGGACUUUUGCUGUAUAGUAAAAUUGCUGUAAUCUUGGUGUGUGGCGGUGCAUUUCGCCUUUUUUUGUUCGAUUCGGAUCGUCUGGUGGGAAGAGAGUGGAACCGGACGGUGCAGUUAGCAGCCGCAACCAAGUAAAUCAGUAGCUGUCGGUCGAUUGGUCGGUCGGUGAGAUAAAAAUACGGGUGGAAAGAAAAGUCAGGAAAAUUGUCUGGCCCCAAGUUGCCAUCAUUCGGUGGAAAAUUUCUUGUGAAGUGUCAGUCUGUCGGAGGGGUUUUCCUCUGGAUCGUGAACCGUCUGGAAGUGCAGUGCUUUUCGUUCGUAAAAGGUCAAGAGUGUAAAGUUUAGUGUCUGGCCUAGAAUUACGGUUUUGUGUGGCUCGUUAACUGUGGGAACCUGUAUUGGAAUCGAACAUCCCUAAUGAUAGAAGUGAAUUUGCGUCCGAAUAAUCGUAGGUGGUCUCCGUAAAACUGCACUCACCCCAGGAAGAAAACUGUGAUUCAUUGAAAGCUUGAAUAUUACGCAGGAAGAGUAUUUGUUUUUGUGAAUCAAACACCGUCUUAUGGAUUGAAAUGCGUCUGAUGUCAUUGUUAUAAUUAAAGAAUAUUCAAAAUACUGUUGUCCGAUUAUUGGAGUUUGCAGAAACUUGUGAAUGGUGUUAUUUGCAGCAGAUAGUACCACCUGAAGGCGAGGAGAAAUUUGAAGUUCAUCAUCAAUUAACACCGCAGUUUUCUUCGAUUGUAUUCUUCAGUGCUUGCAAUAUUCCUGUUUGCUUAACAGUCAGCGGGCCAAGGUCGUCUCGAACUCUUUGGCAAACUGGCCGCCGGCUGCCAGAACGGUUAUUAAUGUGAGAAAAUGUCACCGGCAAGACUGUCGCUUCGGGAGGAGGACAUUGUUCGGUUGGCUUUGGAGUUUCUAAACAACCGCGAGUUGCACAUAUCUCAGCUGUCGUUGGAGCGCGAAACGGGCGUCAUCAAUGGCCAGUACUCGGACGAUGUGCUCUUCCUGCGGCAGCUCAUACUCGACGGUCAGUGGGAUGAUGUGGUGGAGUUCAUUCAGCCAUUGGAAGCGCUGCAGAACUUUGACAUGAAGCAGUUCAAGUACACCAUCCUUCGGCACAAGUACAUCGAACUGUUGUGCAUUAGAUCGGAAGCUGGUGGACUGGGUGGACCACCUCUUAUGAACAAUGUAGAGGGAGCUGUCGAGGAGGUGGUCCAGGUGCUCGGUGAGCUGGAAAAACUCUGCCCCACCAAAGAAGAAUACUCAGCGCUGUGUCUGUUGCUGACGUUGCCGAAGCUCGGUGACCACCUGCAGUAUCGGGACUGGAACCCGAGCAAGGCGCGAGUACAAUGCUUUCGGGAGAUUUUCCCGCUAGUGGAAAAGUUUUUACCCGGUGAUAAGAAAGCCGGCACGUCGCAAUCGAUGUUUGCAAAGAAUGACCGAUUGGUGCAACUUUUAAUUAAGGGAAUUUUGUAUGAAUCCUGUGUUAACUAUUGUCAGGUGAAGGCCACCGGUGCAGCGGAUUCAGCCGCACACAAAAUCAACUUCUCGAGGGUGCUGGAUGGAUCGAUAGGCUUUACUGACUCAGACCUAUCGCUACUCAGCUGGCUGCAAAGCAUUCCGGCCGAAACGUUUUCGGUCCCAUUCGAGCAGAAAACGCUAAACGUGGAUGUGGAAAGACUGGAAAAACCUUCACUAGAAACCUCAUGGACUGAACAUAUGCUCAUCACUCCGAUCAAACCCAAAACGUUCCCCCAUUCUGUGAUGCCAUUUACGCGGCCCCGUAGUGCAGCGGACAUCAUGACCCGAUCGCUCCUGCCCUCGCUGGAUGCCGUGUCAACCUGCCUCAAUCCUAAAGCACCGAACGAAUCGUUUCCCAUGUCCCGUUCGAGUUUUGCCAGUUUCCACUUGACCGGGAUUAAGCCAACGAGUGGAAAAAUGAUGACCUCCAGUGUGGAUCGGCUGUUCGAGAAUGGCGACGGCGGCGAUGUCUAUCGUAGCAGCAACUUCAGCGAAUAUCAGCAGGGACUUCCAUCAAUAGAAGAAAUCGCUUCCGUGCAUUCGAAAUCACCCGAACUACAGGCCGUCGCCGGCGCGAUUGUGAAAACCAACGACAUUCACCAGAACAGUGCCGAGCGGGACAGUCCCAACACGAGCAACUCUACGGCGAAAAGCUCCCGUCGAGAUUCGCUAACGGAUAAGAUCGCCACCACCAAUCAACCAGUGCCAACGGGACUUCCGCACCAUAGCCAACCUCCGCCGCCGCCACCGUCGGUCGGUCCACCUCAGCUGUCCUCUUCGUCCGGAGUACACUCCGGAAUUAGUGCAAAUAGUGCCGGCAGCAGCAAUCACCAAGGGCCUCCACAUCCUCAAGUAGCGCCUCCACCGCCUCCAAGCGGAGCAAUAUACGACCAACCUAAAAACAACGAAAUCCUAGCCAACGGAGGUGGAGGCGAGCUGUACGAAAAAUUCAAGCAGCAGAAGCAAAACAAGGAAAGCGAUUAUAUCAUGAAUGGUAACCCAACCAUCAUGCCACCAUCGCAUCCCCCCAGCAGCAGUAGCAGUCAUAGUCAGCAGAACGGAGGCGCCGGAACGGUCGGCGGCAGCAGCAAUGGUCCUUCGCGAUUAUCGCAUGUGGCGGACGAAAGCAACGGAAAGGAUUUUGAGCAGUCAGACCAUAACCGACCCAAGUUUGUUGCGGUGACAUCUUUGGAGGACGUUCAAGCGGUACGAUGCGCGGAGUUCCAUCCCAAUGGACGCAUUUACGCCGUAGGAUCCAACUCGAAAACCUUCCGAAUUUGCGAAUACCCCACACUCUCGGAAAUCAGGGAAGACCACAAUACCUACCAGCCAACGGUCCUGUUCAAGCGGACGAAACACCACAAAGGCUCGAUCUACUGCAUGGCGUGGUCCCCGGUGGGUGACCUGAUUGCGACCGGGUCGAACGACAAAACUGUGAAGCUGAUGCGCUUCAACGAGAAUCAAAAACAACUGGAAGGCCAAGAAAUCGAACUGACGAUGCAUGACGGAACGGUUCGGGAUCUUUGCUUCCUGGAGGACACUUCCAACAAGUCCAGCCUGCUGAUCAGCGGCGGGGCGGGUGAUUGCAAAAUCUACGUUACCGAUUGCGAAACCUCCACUCCAUUCCAAGCCCUCAGCGGCCACGGCGGACAUGUGCUGUCGUUGUACAACUGGGGUAGUGUGAUGUUUGUCUCCGGAUCGAUGGAUAAAACCGUACGGUUCUGGGAUCUGCGGACGCGUGGUUGCGUCAAUAUGGUUACCCCCGCUACGUCACCUGGUUCACGACAAGGUUCGCCGGUGGCAGCAGUAUGUGUCGAUCCCUCCGGUCGUUUAUUGGUUUCAGGUCACGAGGACAGCUCGUGCGUUCUCUACGAUAUCCGGGGUAAUCGACCGAUUCAGUGUUUCAAGCCACACGCUUCCGAUGUGAGAUCGAUCCGCUUCUCCCCAUCGGCGUACUACCUGCUGACGGCCGGCUACGACAACAAACUGGUGCUGACGGACCUGCAGGGCGACCUGACGAUGCCGCUGCCUUCGGUGGUGGUUGCCCAGCACUCGGACAAGGUGAUAUCGGGCCGCUGGCACCCGGUGGAUUUCUCAUUCCUGUCGACGUCGGCAGACAAAACGGCAACGCUGUGGGCGUUACCACCGAUCUAAGGCCGCGGGUCCAGACUGGGUCAGGCAGACUACGAUAUCAUGACGGAAAUCGGGGCAAAAGUGUAGAUGUUUGUGUAUACACUGUUGAUCGUUGAUCGAUUUGCAAAUGUGUGUAUGAUACCUAAGUGUAGUAUAAAUAUUGGACAAAGUUAUUACUUAAUAUUUAAGCAGCGCUUGUAAAAAUAAAUUGCAAGUAUAAAUUUACCAAAACGCAGAGGAUGAUGAGAAAAUGGAAACUUUAAACAAAAUUGAAAAUACAAAACGAUGUGAAUGUGGCGGAGAACAAAUGUAUCGAUCUAUUGUCGAGUCACUAAUUUAGCAAUAACAGAAGAUCGUAACAGAAGCACUACUUGUAUUUACAGUUUCUAACUCAGCUUAAUACGUAUUAAUGUAUCUGACCGGUAUUAUAGGAAUAUUGGAUAUGGCUUUCGGCUGAAUUCAGUUAAUAAAGGUGGUAAAGCAAUUCUCAAAUGCAGUAGAGCAUGGGCUGACUUUUGGUUUCCGAGUAAGACUCACUGCUUAUUGAUCAUUUACUUAUAUAUCAAUUCUGCUUUGAUUAGUUUUUGGUGUUCCUUUCCUUUUAUUCUUUUUUAAUCUUUUUGAGCAGCUCUCUACUUUUCUUCUAUUCAUACGGUCUGUUAACAAUAGCUAGGGGCUUUUCUAGCAAUUCAAGCUGGUAUAAUUAUGCGGUUUACAUUUCAUGUGAAUAUUUACUUGUUUUAGAACCUCCUAGCUAGGUGUUGACAAAUAUAAAUCUCGUACAUUCAAAGCAGUUCGGAUAUUUGUGUUUCAAAUACCGUGGAACGACCCAUAUUUUGGGCGGUUUUAUAACUUCAACCUGUACUAUCCACAAGGAUAUUUUAGUAUCUAUUUAUCGUAUUUUUCCCAAAUUUUUAAGCUCUCUUAUUUAUAGCAAUUAGACCAAGUCUUUUUUUAUAAUUAACAAAUCGGAUUUUAUUAAAACGCAAUGAACGAAGUUAGGAACCAAUGUAAACUCUGAGUAUUUCACGAUAUUCGCAUGUUUUCAUCUAUGCUAAUUUUACUUUUCUAUAUUAUUCUAAUCGAUGAGCAUUUUACUUAUUCUGGUAUAUUACUCAUAAUUUUUCAACUUAUCGACUGUAUUUAUCCAAUCCAAUAAAUCGGUUGGAUCAUUAUCUAAAGCCGCUAUUGAUUAUUCUUCCCUUUGUUGCGGUGAUUUUGAACUCAAACUGAAUUCAAUUUGUUUCACGUACGAGUAUAUCAUUCUGGUGCCAGAGGCGAAUAUUCAAUCUCAUAGUGAAGUAGUUCCACUUCCAUUCGUUAGCCAAGAGAAAAAAGUUAUCUCAUUGCUUUUCUAGAUUUUUGCCCGUUCUUUACCAGCGCCCAAAAAGCAACGACUCUACUAGGCUUCGUAAAUAAUCUACAUUGUAUAAACGUUAGACAAUCCUCCCCAUUUGCUAAUUGUUUUCAAUUACGUAAUCACUGGGAGGACGCUUGUUUUCAUUGAUAGCAUUCAAAAAUGGAAGAGGAUAAACGCAAAACAAAUUUAGUAAUUUAUGAUUAUUCACCUUACUCAUUAUCACUAGCAAUUGCUUUCAGUGGUAGAUAUCGUGUAAAAAGCAUUCGGCAUAUAGGCAUAUUCAAAAGUAAAAAAGUGAAUUCUACUGAUAAUUAUUAUUAAGCUGUUGAUUUUGUUAAUAUAAUAUUAAUUAAUCCAAUAAUAUGUAAGACCAAGUAAAUUAUAACAAACCACACUAGAAUGACGUGUAGACUCACUCAGUUAAAGGACUGGUAACACGCGUAAAAUGACAUUUUUGUAUCAUAAUAAUCAAACAGACUUACGUAACUCUCGAACACAUUUCGUUUAAUUGAUUUACUUUCGGAGAAAUAAUUUCAAAAUGCUACCAAGAAAAUAAUUAACAGAAACUGCUGACAUGUUAUGAUUGGAAUAAAAAUAAAUGAAAAAGUGUAAACUAUUAACAAUA